GGUGCCUCCUCCUCCUUCUGCAGACCAUUCUGGGGACAAGGCUUCCCCCUGUGUGUGGUGAUGCCUUUGGGACUUUCUGGAGCCUCAUGAUGCCGUCUGGCCGAGGGCAGCCUUGCGGGCUCAACGGCCUCUGUUGGCUCCUCCCAUCCCCCAUCACAGAGGAGGAUCUAAGGAGGUGGCGGGUCUGCCCCUCUGUCCUCAGCCACUCUGCCGCCAAGAGCCCCUGCCACCCUCACACGCCACCUCCUCCCUGCACUCACCCAGACCCUUCCUCGGUCAGGGUCGUCUGAUGGACUGGCACUGAAUCUCAAACAAGGGCUACUCCAUGCUGCCUUCCCUGGAGGGGAGUCAAGAGGCUGCUGUCGCCUCUUGUUCAGUCAGAGAGUGGGUGGUGGGCGCCCCCGCUGGCUGGACCCGUACUGGGUGCCGGUGUGGAAGAGGGAGUAGCGUUCAGGCUGCUGGGGAUGGGCGGGGGUAGGGAGUGUAAAUGGAGCAUUUGGUCCAGUGUCCUGGGUGCUGGUGGGGGUGGACCGGGGGACGGGGCUCCUCAUGACACAGAUGUGGCCUUCCUGUUCCUGGUGGCCCUGCCGUGCGGGCCUGGCCGGGGCAGGAGUCGGCGAGCGUUAAGUACAUAGCAGAGCUCGCCCACCGACAGGACUGUUCGUCACAUCCAGCCCUGUCCCCUGAGCUCCUUUACCUCGGCGGGAUGGGGUGCCAGCGGGGGCGGCGCUGAGUAUCUCUGCAUCAAAACAGGAUGUUAGGAUUUAUUCUGCUCGUCAAGCUGUCACCGUCCACAUUUGGAGGCCAUUACUGAGGGACCACCCCUUAAGGUGGUGCAGAGGAGCAAAGACGAAGAGCCUUGCAGAGACGGAACAGCUAAGGGAGCGCAUGAGUCUGUUUGUGUCUCAGCUGGUUCUCCCAGAAAUCCCAGGAGGUAGCCUUCUCAGUUUUCCUGUAGCUCUGAGCAAGAGAGAAGGAAUGACCAACACCCGCAGGGCCUGAGGCCCCGGGCGUCCCAGCUGACAUAACAUGCAUGGCCUCCCAUAACCUCCAGCAGCCCCGCUAACUGGGGAUCCUGCUCCACAGAUGGGGGUCCAGGCCCAUGCUCUGCAUCCCAUGGGAGGUCUGCUCACGGUGUCGCGGUGCGUGUCCACUGACAGCAUGCAAGCUGAGGCCGACCAGCCUGGGGCCAGUCUGGGGUGGCCUUGCUUCCUAGAGUCGACCCUGAGGUCCUGGGAGUCCCUUAUCCCCAAAUGCUGAGUCAGAGCCCACAUCUCACCGGUGUGCAGCAGGGGGACUUGGAGGGUGUCCACACACGAGGCCGCAUCCCUCCUGCUCUGAUUCCCGGGUCUCCGGGCUGUUGGCAGUGUGACCUGCAGCUCCAGAGCAGGCCCCCGGGGGCCCUGGAGGGUGCAGGUCAGGACUUGGAUGGAGUGCUCCCAUUUCAGCAGCCAGUUAACACGUUCCGUUGUAUAGGUGGGAAUGACUCUGGUACUGAGGAUGCAGGUUUCAAAUCCUCAGGAUCAAAGGCAGGGCCGCCCCACUGGGGACCGUCCCCUCCACAGCAGCUUGGCCCAGCCAGCUGGGUGGGUGCAGCCUGCCUGGUGGUCUGGAGGCAGCCACAGGCCUUCUUUGGCGUCAGGAGGGCUUCUGCACUUCCCCAGCCAACCAGGCCUCGUGGGCUCACGUGUGCUGGGUCUGGGCUGGGCAGCAGGGUGCUCGGAGAGCUGCCAGGACAGGAAGGGGAGCGCGAGGUCAGGCUUUAUCAUCCAGGGGCAGGACUGCGGCUAGCAGGGGGCCUGGAACUUUGUCUCCUCACCCCACCUCGCGUUCUCCCCACCCCUCGGGAGCUCCCUGGGAGACCAGUAGCAGCCUUUCCCUGCUGUCCAGCCUCUGCCUGGGAAAAGGAGAGGGGCUCGCCGCGUCUCCAGGGCCAGGGCCUGCCUGGCCCACAGAGAGCUGGACUGGGAGCCCCAGCCUGGUUUCUGCUACGCGAGGCUUGGCAGCUGCUGAGUCACGUGACUCCUCAAGGGGACUUUAAGCUUUGGGCCCCAUCACCCGUUGGAAGCACUCUGGAUUCCUGUGAGCUGGUGCUGGCUGUCUCCCCCGGAUUGAGCUCAGCCCGGUGUCUGGCCGCGGUGCCCUCCUCUGUGACAGUGGAGCAGGCUAGUCACAGGCCAUGCGUGAGCAGGGGCACCAGUGCGGAGAACAGGCAGCGGGCCAGGCAGGCCUGAUGUGGGCAGAGGCAGGCAGCCAGCCCUGCGCCCUGUCUGGGGACACAGAGGAGAACCAGCGCGCUGUCCAGCAGAGGAGGUGCGAGUGCCUGGCCACCGAGGCCAGAGGGUGUGGGCCGGGGAGGAGGCAGCGGGUGGCCAGGGCAGGAGUGGCCGGAGCAAGCUGGGGACAGGCAAAGGGUCAGAGAACCUGGCAGCUGUGCCCGGUGGGGGACAGAGGCAUUGUCACUGGAACAGCCUCAGGGUUGGGAGGCACCAGGGUCGUUGUGGACUGGCUGACCAGAGCCACCAGAAGAGGUUAGUCCUGGGGCUGCAGCCCCUGCGCUGGCCCCACGGCAGGACUGGCCGGCUUGUUUUCGUUCACCACCUAGAGUGUCGACUCAGUGGGUUUUUGUGUGUUUGCACAGUUCCGCAGUCCUGGGCAACCGCUGAUCUACUUCCCGUCUGUAGAUCUGCCUGUUCUGAAUACUUAAUGUAAAUAGAAUCAUAUAACGUAUGGUUUUUUGUGGCCGGCUUCUUAGCAUAAUGUUUUCAGGGUUCGUCCAUGUGGAGCCUGUAUCAGAACUUCAUUCCUUUUUGUGGCUGAAUGAUAUUCCAUCGUAUAGACAGACCAUACUUUAUUUAUCCAGUCAUCAGUUGAUGGUCAUUUGGGUUGUGUUAACUUUUGGCUGUUAAGAGU